ACGAGAUCCGAUAUCACCAGGCAACCGACAAGCACAAAUAUCAACGUUGUAACCGCUGGUCGAGAAGUGCAACAUUACUACGUGCUACUGCAAUCAUGUCUUUCGAUCAAUUAUCAUCGCUGGAGUCGCAGCCAACGACUAUGCGACGAGAGGACGACCCGCAAUAUGCAGACGAUCCAGAGUUCCAACGCCUGUCGCAGGAUCUCAUGUCGAAACUGUUCUCAUUGACUGGCAACAUCUCGAGGCUUUCAAACGAAGUUGCGUUAUUAGGCACGAGAAGAGAUACCGAGCGGGUUCGGGAAAGAGUCCACGACUUGCUCGAGGAAUCUAAGGACACUUUCAAAGAGGUCGGCGAAGGAGUAAAGAAGAUUCAAACAUGGGAGGAUGUCAGCCCAUCGCAGAAAUAUACCCAGCAGAAGCUGACGCGGGAAUUCCAAAACAACCUCCAAGAAUUCCAGAAUGUACAGCGACAAGCUCUUGAGAAGCAACGAUCAUCAGCAUCGGCAGCACGAACUGCAUUGGAGGAACAACAGUCACCCAGCGCUGAGGGUAGCAAUACUUUCGGUCAGCAACAAUCGCAAGAACAACUGCGACUGGCUUCGCAGGACGAAGUGGAUUUCCAAGACUCUUUGAUCGUGGAACGGGAAGCCGAGAUUCGAAAUAUCGAGCAGGGUGUCACUGAACUGAACGAACUCUUCCGAGAUGUUGCGCACAUCGUCAACGAGCAAGGGGAAAUGCUUGAUACCAUUGAAGGAAACGUCGAUAGAACUCGAACUGACACCAGAGGUGCGGAUUUGGAGUUGAGGAGCGCUGCGAGAUACCAGAGAAAUGCUCGGUCGAAAGCAUGCUGUUUGUUGCUGAUUCUGGCCGUUAUUCUUACCAUUAUCAUUCUUGCAGCAACUUUGGGAUGAAAUGGAACGGGGUUCUGGGUGUACAUAUAUUUUAGAGGCGUUUGGAGUUUUCGAUGAGCAUACUAGCACCCCUUCGACUUUCAUUUGUUUGUCUACUAUUACAUUGUAUUGAAUGGAGACUAAUAUGGAAGAUGAUGCUGCUUGAAACGGCAACUUAGCAAGUGUCAAAUAUACUCCAGAGAACAUUGUCAAGAGCCCUCAGUUUUCACUCGACUCAAGUGAGCGUCAAUCGACUCAAGUGAGCGUCAAUCGACCCUGAUCUUAAUUAUUCUCUACUGUAGGACAUUAUGAGUUUUACCGGAAAGUUGUACACCUUCGAUAGACAAUUGAAUUCUUGCCCGUUUUGUUUGUGAGUUUGUUAAUGAUUGUCUUUCUCAGGUUGAAGGUUACGCGGAGUUGGACAUUCAAUUCUAGCUCUUACUCUGGGAGAUGAGACGGUUUAGAAUAUGUAUUCAAAUCCAUUCAGACAAUAUAGAAAACUACUGUG